AUGGCCUGCAAACCGACGGCCGCUCCGUGCAAUCGGUGGCAAACUCUCGAUAUGCGAGACGACGCGCCGUCACCCCGUCACCCCGUCGUUCCCGUUGCCUUCCUACCUCGGGCGCCCGGCCGCGUGACGUCACAGGAUAAAUCGAAACGACGGCGAGUGGAGGCAAAGUCCUGGCCGGGCCAGCUGGAGGCGACAAUGCAACAAUGCAACGAGAUGGGAGGGAUGGAGCCCCGGCGGAGAACACGAGGGACGCCGUCGAGAACUCGGCAGAUUGCCGCGCUGCCUAGGCCGUUUCGUCCGAAGCCGACGGUGACGUUGCCGUCCCACCAGGACGGACCAUCAAUCGACGACGGGACACGCAGCCAGCUGAAUUCAACGCGAGGCGUCCGCAGCAGGUGCGCCGGCCGGACUCGGCCUCACCGUCGGACUUGGCCUCAUCGUCGGCCACGACCUCACCGUCGGCCACGGCCUCGAGCAUAA